AUUUCGUUUCUUUAAAAAUAUCAUUUUUUCUAGAAAUUUCGCGUAAUAAUGUUGUCUUGUAAGUUAAGACUCUUACGUACUCGGACAUUUUAAUUAUGAACUUAAGAACUCUUGAUAACAGGUUAAUAAGUUACGUGUUCGUGCAUGAAGUCGUCGCAUUUAUUGUCAGAGAGGAAGCAUUGCACUCGAAGCCAACGAAUCAAGACAAUUUAAGCCAACACAUCUUAAAAAAACAAGUUCUUGGAUUAUUAUAUACUUCACGUUGGUCAAGGAAUUGUCUGUCACAAUUGGACCGGAUUCUUAUAUUUGAUUUAUACUCAUAACAUUUAUCCUACGGACUCGUUUGAUUAUUUCUCGCCGCUUGGAUGAACGUACAAACUACUCGAUAAGUUUAUAUUUAAUUCCCUGUCAAGGCUAAGACAGUUCUUUUAAUCUAUUACUUGGAUACGCAUAGCAAAGAAGCGAGAAAACACCUCUUCAGUAUUGGUACGAACUCAACCAAGUAAUUUGAGUCAGUUAAUUAAAAAAGACUGGAAUUUAUGUAGAAGGCGACACAGAGCUUCGAGGAGAAUCUAUUCUGGUAACCGAUUUUGUAGGAAUUACGUAAACUAUUUUCCUGAGCUUGGAGGGAUAAUAACAACGAAGCCGGGUUAACUUUCAGAAUAACAGAAGCUAGAAUUCGUCCAAACUCGUUAAUACCAUAGUUAAAUAUGUCACGAUUGACCUAAAAUUUAUCGAGGUUAAGCAUUCCGUGUGUGAAGUGGCAAGGGGUCUUAGAAAAUAAGAAAAGCGUAAGAUUUCCUGAUAAUUUUUCAGGAUAAUUCACUUCGAAAGUUUUAAUUUGUUUCCCGGAUGACAGAUGUCAACGUCUGUGUAAAUAGAGGACUGCAAGAACCAAAGUGAAUGAGAUAGCCAAUCUACAUAAAGAUACAGAUAAAAAAACACUUAAAACGUACGUGAAUAUAUUCACGUCACCUAAUACAUCUAUAUUUCCAUUCAAUACGUAUUGGCAAGAAUCCAAAAGGACACACGACAUAACAUUUACAAGCGAUGAAAGUGAAAAUGUUUUCGUUAAUUCUUCGAGCAGUUUUAUCGCUGUUUAAUCUCCUGGCUUUCGGAUUCUUCAUCUGCUUAUUAUAUUUCAUCGACGAAGAAAACAAGUAUUUUUUCAAAUGGUUUUUGGGAAACGAAACUAGUCGGUUGGUUUAUGAUCGCUACAGGGUAUCAAUCUUCCCUGCAUGGUGGAUAAGGUACCUAGUCUAUACUCUCUUCGCUUGGCAAGGGCUUUGGAUGGUCUUUGCUGUUGCAAUACUCUUCAAGAAGAAAUUCCCUGACGCCUUAAACUUUCUAUUCUACGUACUAUUCAUCUCUUCCAGCGGUCUGGAAAUCGCUUUUAUAAUCUUUGUCAGCCGGAAUAUGAUACUUCCAGCGUGUGUAGCGAGUUUUUCUGCGGUGUCCCUCAAGGUCUUCGCCUUGGUCCUCUCGUACGUAAAGUUUGAAUAUGAAUACGAACAUGAGGAGCACAGCCUUGGCGAUUUCUGGGGAUUUCAGCUUCUAAUAUUGAAUGGACUAGUCGGGUAUGUAGUAGUCUUAUGGUUCAACAGCUUAAUGUGGUUAUCAAUCGUACUAAACCACAGAAAUGGCGUCCCAGAACUAACCACGACCACAGUUUCUCUAACUUUGGCCAUCACAUCGGCAAUAAUAUGGUUUAUUCUUGAAAAUCUCGUUUUCCUGUGGAUAACUCGGUUUACGUUCAGCAUUUAUCCCGUCUCGAUAGUUACUCUAACAGCCAGCUUACUGGAAAACUGGAACCCUUCUUCCAGAAACUCUAUAAUCCUGGCUGUUCUUUUGGGGAUCGUGUGCCUGUUCUUUGCACUUCAUGUCAUUCGCGUAACGUUCAGACUAGUACGGGCGAGACGGUCGUACGCUACGCGCAACGCUAAGCGCAAAGCUAAGAACCAAAAAUUUCUUAAUAGCAUUGAAUUCAUGACCACUAGAUUUUAAAAGUUUUUAUUUUAGCAGUUGAGUUUUACAUUUAUUU